UUGUUCAUUUUGGUCCUACGAGACGUUCAGACGUAAUUAAGACAACACAUUUUUUUCCCUCAACAGAAGAAAGCUGUGGCGAAGAGAGGUGGAGUCGUGCCAGCCAUCUUCUGUCGAAUUUCACAGUUUUGGCCGAUCAGGUUUACUAUGCGGGCUCUCUGUGGCUUGUGGUGGCUAUUUGGGUUCUCCGCUCCAGUGAAGGCCGUAUCUCCGACUCGGGAGGACAAAAGUGGCUCCCCAAAAGAAAGGCAGUUCAGAACAGUCCGGAAGCGUCUCCACCGGGUCACACGGCUGCUGUUGGCCAUCCUUCCCCGGCUUAUCCAGAGCGCUCUGGGUUAUCCAGUCUGCACCAGCAUUGGCUGUGCUGUGUCCCCUGAGGUGCGUUGUUCCCCUACUAAGCCUUGUGGCAGAGGCAGCAAGAGAAAACAGGAUGACCUGGAUGAGGAAGAGGACGUAGAGCAGCAGUCUUGGGUGGAGGCGCUCAAUCAGGAGUUGGCUGAGGAAGACCACGCAGCUGAUCCGGACUAUGAGCCCAGCGCAGUUGAGACGGACAGUGACGAAUACCGGUCGCACAAUGACACUGAGAGUGACUUGGAAGUAGAAAAGGGUGUCGUGGUGAUCAAAGAUUUGGAGAUGGUAGUUCCUCCUGAGGCCUAAUGAUGGCAGUGUGUACUAAUACUAGUAUGCAAAUCAAGAAUAAUGCAACAGUUGCGGAAUAUGUUCGUUCUCUGGCUUUGUUUUUUCUGACAGGCUCAUUUGAUGGCAAAUUGCUGCUUGUCUUCAGUUAAUUUUGUAUCUUUUGUGUGUUUCAGUGUUAAACUGCCAAAUAAAAGGAUUUGUAGUA